CUCCGCUCAGUUUCUCAUCUCUGUGUCUCACGGCUGCUGAGGAUGGAUGCUCGGAUCUUCACCCUGCAUGUCCUGAUGCUCUGCUGCCUCAUUCACGGCUCCCUGCAGGGUGUGUACCAGCGGCGUCUCUACAAGGAGCUGAUGAGGAACUACAACCCGUUAGAGCGACCGGUCAGCAAUGACUCUCACAGCCUCACUGUCCACUUCAGCUUCAGCCUGCUGCAGAUCAUGGACGUGGAUGAGAAGAAUCAGGUGCUGACCACCAACAUCUGGCUACAGCUGUACUGGACGGAUUUCUACCUGCAGUGGAACAUGUCUGACUAUCCAGGUGUGACCAACGUCAGAUUCCCAGACAGUCAGAUCUGGAGGCCUGACAUCCUGCUGUACAACAGUGCUGAUGACAGGUUCGAUGCCUCCUUCCACACCAACAUCCUGGUCAACUCCACUGGGUACUGCCAGUACCUGCCACCAGGAAUAUUUAAGAGCACCUGUUACAUCGAUGUACGCUGGUUUCCAUUUGACGUGCAGCGCUGUGACCUGAAGUUUGGCUCGUGGACGUACGGCGGCUGGUCUUUGGACCUGCAGAUGAUUGAGGCUGAUAUCACUGGAUACAUCGCUAACGGAGAGUGGGACCUUGUGGAGGUUCCUGGACGGAGGAACGAGCGUUUCUACGACUGCUGUAAGGAGCCGUACCCUGACGUGACCUUCACCGUGGUGAUGAGGAGGAGGACGCUCUACUACGGACUCAACCUCCUCAUCCCCUGCGUCCUCAUCUCCACCCUGGCUCUGCUCGUCUUCCUGCUGCCCGCUGACUCUGGAGAGAAGAUCUCCCUGGGUAUCACAGUGCUGCUCUCUCUGACAGUCUUCAUGCUGCUGGUGGCUGAGAUCAUGCCGGCGACGUCUGACUCGGUUCCUCUCAUAGCUCAGUACUUUGCAACCACCAUGGUGAUCGUGGGUCUGUCGGUCAUCGCUACAGUCCUGGUUCUUCAGUAUCAUCACCACGACCCAGACGGAGGACACAUGCCACAAUGGACCCGUGUGAUCCUGUUGAACUGGUGCGCCUGGUUCCUGCGGAUGCGGCGUCCCGGCGAGGCAAAGGUCCGCUUGGCGUGCCACAACGCUUCCAAGCGUCGGCGCGGCAGCUUGUCCAGCCUGGAGCUCAGCGUCAGCCAGGGCUCUCUGCGACAUCACCCACAGGUAACCAAUGGCAACCUCCUGUAUGUCGGCUUCCGGGGCAUGGAGGGGUUACACUACGCCUCGCCAUCUGAACCCGAGCUCCUGUGUUCACGUUUGGUGGGGAGCAGCGUUGGCGGGGAGGAUCCCGGAGGAAGAGGAGUAGCAGCAGCGGGGUCUACCCUGGAGGCGGAGCUGAACCAGAUCCUGGAGGAGGUGAGGUACAUCGCCAGGCGUUUCCGCGGCCAGGAUGAGGAGGAGACGGUGUGCAGCGAGUGGAAGUUCGCUGCAGCGGUGAUCGACCGGCUGUGUCUGGUGGCGUUCUCACUCUUCACCAUCCUCUGCACCAUUGGCAUCCUCAUGUCAGCUCCGAACUUUGUGGAGGCCAUUUCUAAAGAUUUCUUCAGCUGAGGGGGACGAGGAGGAGGAGAGGAGGUGACAGCUGAUAGCAUCUUUAUUUUUAUCCCAUGUACAGAUCCACACCAACACCGUGUUCAUCCGUCUAUCAAAACUGUCUCACUUCCUGUUGGCUCUAACCCCACUGGUUCCUACUGAAGACACCUCACGAACAUAAAGUCAGUGUGUUGCUCUCUUGAGAGCUGUUUACCUUUGUCAAACACAACCACCAGCCUGCCAACACAUUCUCACUCCGACCUCACCACAUAUAGACAUUUGGUCAUGGACUUUCCACGUCCA